GAAAGAGAGAAGGAGAUGAGUUUACUGGACACAGGGCUCCCGUUGUUGUUGCCCCAGACUACGGCAUUCAGGCUAAUUUAGGGGAAGAGGAGGAGAGUGGGAGGAGGAGCAGAACGAGGAGGAAUGGGAAGCUGAGCUGGUGGUUAGAGAGAGAGAGAGAGAGAGAGAGAGAGGCAGGAAGGUGACUAAUAGUGACUGUCACUCAGUCUACUGUAACUCAGCCGGUGGAGGGAGGAGUGGCGUCACAACCAGUGAACCGGCAUAUGAAUGCACUAGUCGGUCGGGCCCAUCAGCAGGUCUGUGUCAGUGAGUGUGUGUUGUUAACACGUGGAGGUGCAGAUUUCUCUCUGGAUACACAAUGUUGUCUUCGGGAUAGUUGGAGAGUUGCUGUCUGUCACCAGCAUCCAGACAUGUAGUCAGCAGCAUAAGCCGAGCAUAUUCGUCCUUGUGAACUCGUUUUCUUCUCAAACAGCUUCCUCUACCUCUCGGGCUGGACUGCGGUGCACUGACGUCGGCUCGCCCUCCCCUGCCCCCUCGCCCCCCAGCAAUGGCCUCACGCAUCGGGCUGCGGAUGCAGCUGAUGCGAGACCAGCUGCAGCAAGAGGAGCAGCGUGAGAGGCAGCAGCAGCAGCAGCUACAGCAACAGCAGCAGAAUGCAGCCCUGCAGUACAUGCAGCAUCGCAUGGCUGGGCCACCGGCACCCACCCCGGCCAUUAGCACCCCACAGCAUUACCAAAGCAUGCAGGUCCCCGUGGAGGUUCUCAAGGUACAGACCCACCUUGAGAAUCCUACAGACUACCACAUCCGUCAGUCUCAGAAGCAACAGUUGAAAGAAUACCUGUCCACCACCUAUGCCACCAAACAGACGGUCCACGCAGUAGCAGGACUGGUGCCGCUCUCUUCUCCCACAAACAUGGGACCUACAGGGGGUUCAGCGUCUGCCCCGCCACCCAUGCACUCCCCACACAUGCGCACGGAGCAGCUCAUGUCUGGAAACAGCGCCCCCAACAGCCCCAUGGCAAUGCUCAACAUUGGCUCGAGCCACGAGAAAGAGAUGGAUGAGGUCAUUGAUGACAUCAUCAGCAUGCAGUCCAAUUACGAUGACAUUCAAGGAUACAUUGACUCAGUCCAGAUGCCAAACACACUUCCCCUGUCCAGCAGUCACCUGGAUGUGUACACAGGCCCUGGUAUGAAGGGGCCACCUGUUGCUAUGACCAGUAACUCCUGUCCUGCUAAUCUGACCAUCAAACGAGAACUGUCAGAUGCAGAAGCCCGUGCGCUGGCCAAGGAGAGACAGAAGAAAGACAACCACAAUCUGAUUGAAAGGAGGAGGAGAUUCAACAUCAAUGAUCGUAUCAAAGAGCUGGGCACCAUGAUCCCCAAAACCAAUGACCUUGUGCACAGUGACGUGCGCUGGAACAAAGGCACUAUACUGAGGGCGUCUGUAGAGUACAUCAAACGCAUGCAGAAGGAUGUGCAGAGGACCAGAGAGGUGGAAAACAACUUCAAAAGGAUGGAGAUGGCUAACAAGCACCUGAUGCUACGCAUCCAGGAGCUGGAGAUGCAGGCUCGUCUGCACGGCCUGCCCAGCAACUCUCCCUCUGGUCUGAACCCGAAUGAAAUGAUGGCUUACAUAAAACAAGAGACGAGCCCAGAGGAGAACCUCUCUCACCCUCAGGCACAAGCCCACCACCAGGCCCAGCACUUAACCCAGAACCAGGCUCAUCCCCAGGCCCAGCAGCACCAUUUCCUCCCACAGACCCACCUCCACCACCAGGGCCAGGCUCAGCCUCAGCCCAGCCAGCUGCCACCGCUCCCCCACCACCUGCAGCCCCAGCCACCCAUCCAGUUCCCAUCUGUAGGCAGUUCCCAGCCCUUUGACUUUGCCCAGUCGCUGGACUUGUGUGAUGGGAUGUCCGGCUUCUCAGACGGCAUGCCGGGGCUAGGCGACCUGAGUGGACUGGAUGUCCAGGGGAGGAGGGGAGAUCUGGGCUUCCUGAUGAUGGACGAGCCCUUGUCCCCUAUGGGCGGAGACCCGCUGCUCUCUGCAAUGUCUCCCGAAGCCUCGGUCGACUCCAGCCGCAGAUCCAGCUUCAGUAUAGAGGACGGAGACAUAUUGUAGACACAUGCGUACACACACACACACUCACACAAAACACACACAGAGGUUUUUCAAAGAGGUUGCAUUAAAAAAAAGAAAAAAAAGAAAGUAAAAUGGCAUAAAAAGUGACGGUCACACGGUUUGAACAUACACAGAUCACACAUUUGUAGUAUCUCCUCUUGAAGACACAAGCAAAAGAUGGUACACUGUAUAGUCCAGACGUUUGCACACACACACACACACACACACACACACGCGCGCAAGUGCAUGAGAGAUAAACGGAGCAGCUUGAAACUUUGCCCAACAGACUGAGCAUUUACAAGGGGUGAACCAACCAACACUGCCAGGUCAGGAGUUAUAUAGCACACUUGGCCUUGUUUCUAUAAAGGUGGCUCUGAAUCAUAAUUGAACAAGGGACAAAAACCAGCAGUUAAUUAGAUUGAAGUUAUCAGAUACAAGGACAGCCGAGUGCAUUGUGUCACCGGAUAGAGGACGAGUUAUUUUCUCCUUACAUCAACCUCUUUUAGCAACCAUAAAUGAUUGAAUGGACGAUAGUGAAUAAAAUGGAAAUAGCUUCAUGGUCCUGCAUGCAUAAUUUAUCUAAUGGGGGUGGGGGGUUCAGUCCAGUGACAUUGUUCUGAUCCUCAGUCUGUUAUUCCACAGUUUGCUUCGGCCUCUAGCGUCGGCUGUUUUUGUGUUUGACAGAGAUCUGUGUCAGCCCGCGGAGCUGACGUGUCCACCAAACGUUUGAAAACUCACUGGAUUACUGUAAGAGGCAGAAGCUUUUUUAUUUUUUUUUUCAUUUAUAGUGCAUCUACCCCACGUCUAGCUGUAACUGUCCUCUCUCUCACACACACACACACACACACUGCUGUCCCCGUUUUCCACGUGGUCAACACACUGUCAUGACCUUUGCCCGAGGAAGACGCUGUAAAGUGUGUUUGGAAAAAAAAACCUUUGAUAGUCUUCAGAAAACAGUGUGUCAUCCAAAUCUGUGAGGUGUCAAAUACUCAGGUACUGUAACAGAACACACAAACAGGAUCAUUUUUAAAGUAGAAGCAGAUGUUAACCUGGACUGUGUCGGACUCAUAACCCGUUGUCAAUGUGCCUUUUGAUUCUUGCAGCUGCUGCUCCUUUCGAAGGCAUGUUUUUAUAGGUCAUGCGCAGGGUUUAGACUUCGUAUCAACUUCAAUUAUGCCUUUUAAAUGCUUCAGCAUUCAUCUCCUGCAACAACAAAGGUAUUGUUGAUACAGAGGCAAACUAAAAAAUCUUUCUCUCACUACUUGACUUUGUGGGGCUCAGCAUGUUUGAGAGGCCCACGUGAAGGAAAGAUAUAGCGACAGGGUUCGAUGUUGGAGAGGAAAAGAGAUGGUUUGUCUCAGCUGUUAACAGACGUGGUGUAUUGUUCACUGUAAAAAGUACUGGCACACACUUGCAUGCAUUCACACCUUCACUCACUCGGUUCACAAACAGGCACACGUGCAUAACACUGCUCACACACACACACACACACACACAGCGCAGCCUCGAGGCUGUUUUCAAAUCAGCACGUUAACAAGUCUCCUGUGCUUCGGUCUCUCCACAGACGAGUCGACCGAAGCCGCAGAGGCAGAACUCAGGUCUGCAGCUCGAGCUGCCGCGUACAGUAAAGGGAAUCUGUAAUCCGUCUGGCUAUAGUUGUCACAGUGAUGGUCGGGGAAGGCCGAGGUGGACCUGAGUUCUGCCUCUGCUGUGGUAAACCCGGGGCUAGGCUUUGAUUUGAUAUAGCUUAUGAUCAGUACAGAUAAAUGUAGAAAAAAAACUUUUGAUGGUGAUUUUCUUUUUUUUCUUUUUGUUUCGAUUAAAAGAAGUGGUUGUUUUCUUUACUAUAUAGUUUGUUGUUUAUUUUAUCUCCCAAAGCACUGGAAACUAUAUUAUAGUUUUGACUUUGUACAUGAAAGAAUUAUGGAAUAAGAUUUAUUUCAGAUGUUAUAUGCCACUAAGCCACUUAAAUGUAUUUUAUUUGUAUUUGUUGUUUUUAUUUCUGUUUCAAUUUUAUUCCAAAACUACCCUUUCUUCUCAGAGCCAUUUUUUUCAGUAAGCACACUAGUUAAGGUAUUUAAGCCACCAAUGUUUUAUUGGGGAAGGAGUGGAGAGAGACGUUCAUGAACUUAUGGAUUUCAACUGACUUUAGAGAUGAAGAGAUUAUGUACAUUUUUGAUGCCAUUUUUUUUAUGAUUGGGAUUUUAUUUUUCUCUUUGUUUUCAUUUUGAAAAUUUGGAGCCAGACUUAAGAUGAAAAGCGAUUCUUUGAUUUGAUUCAAUUCAAAUUGCUCAUUUUAUGAAUGUAAGCUUUACCAGCGGUUCUGGUCAGACUGAAGCAGGUCAGCGGGUUUUUUUGUUUUUUUUAAAUCGCCGUGCCUCCUCCCUCCCUGACUUUUGGUUUCCAUGGAGACUGGAAGACGACUGACUUCACAUAAACUCUGAGCCAAGGAGUUGUGGUUGCCAUGGCGUCGUAGCAGUGACUCUGCAUUUGUCUCCGUCUGUCUGCCAGUGUUGUGCCUUUUUUUUCCCCCCCGAUCAGCCACAGUUUGACUGUUGUACUGUCACCCAGCCAACACUCCAAAGAGCUGCUCAGGCCUCCUCUGCUCUUCCACUAGAGGGCGCUCUGCAGAGCAAACUACACAGGGAAAAGUGGUUCUGAUUUUACUGGGAAUAUAAAAUGUUUUACCAGAAUCCA